AUGAGCGAAGAAGUGGAUGGAGCCUCAUCCACCGAAGGUGUCGAACAGUAUGCUAUCGGGAUCUCCUUUGGCAAUUCCAAUAGCUCAAUAGCUCAUUUAUCAGCCGAUGGCAAAGCAGAAGUCAUUGCGAAUGAGGAAGGAGAUCGUCUUAUCCCUUCGUUUCUCUCAUACGUUGACGGAGAAGAGUUCCACGGAACGCAAGCAAAAGCACAGCUAGUGCGAAAUAGCAGGAAUACUAUAGGAUACUUUAGAGACUACCUGGGCAAGGACUUUAAGUCUAUAGACCCUACACCCUGUCACGGCUCAGCACACCCGCAGGAGAAUGCAUCAACGGUUGCCUUCUCAAUACAGGACACCGAGAGCGAAACACCAAACACUGUAUCUGUUUCUGAGAUUACCACACGACAUCUUCGAAGAUUGAAGCAAUCAGCUUCAGACUUCUCCGGCAAGGCCGUGACGUCUGCCGUCAUCGCCAUUCCCACGGAUGCUUCGGAGGCGCAGACAGAAGCUCUGGCGGACGCAGCCGAAAACGCGCAAUUGAAUGUGCUGCAGUUCAUAUCUGAGCCCAUCGCGGCUCUGAUGGCAUACGAUUCGCGGGGAGACCAUAAAGACAAACUUGUCGUUGUGGCAGAUCUUGGUGGCAACAGAUCAGAUAUUGCUGUAGUUGCCUCAAGAGGUGGGAUGUACAGUAUUCUUGCCGCAGCCCACGAUUACGAACUCGGAGGAGUAAAACUGGACCAAGUAUUGGUUGAUCAUUUUGCAAAGGAGUUCAUCAAGAAGCACAAGAUCGAUCCCAGAGACAACGAGAGAAGCCUGGCGAAGUUGAAGCUUGAAGCUGAAGCGGUGAAGAAGGCAUUGAGCUUAAGUGCCAGUGCGACGUUGAGUGUAGAAAGUUUGGCAGAAGGAUUCGAUUUCAGAUCGACAGUCAACAGGACAAGAUAUGAGCUUUUAGCAGGCAAGGUAUUUCAAAGCUUUACACGACUGAUAGAAGAGGCUGUUAAAAAGGCAGACCUGGAUUUGCUAGACAUUGAAGAGGUCAUCUUGUCUGGUGGUACGGCGCACACGCCGAAGAUCGCACAGAAUUUGAAAUCGCUCUUUAGCGAACACACCACUGUCUUCGCUCCCUCGACAUCACCAACCGCCAUCAAUCCAGCAUUUUUGGCAGCUACCGGCGCUGCCAUUCAAGCUUCACUCAUCCAAGAGUUUGAAAAGGAAGACAUAGAGCAAUCAACACAUCCCAUGGUGACCGUCACACCUCACAUUCCCAAUGCCAUAGGGAUCGAAAUAGAAGCCCAGGAAGGGACGUCCUCGUUCGAAGUUGUGAUCCCUCAAGAUUCAGCUGUACCAGUUCGUAAGACAAAGGUGAUGCAAUCAUUAUCGGAUGGCGAGAUGGUACUGCGGGUGUGUGAAGGACAGCGUAAGAUUAAAACCACCAAACCAGAGCCGAGAUCCAAAGCCGAGACGAAUGGAGAGGAAGACUCGGACGAAGACUCAGAUGUGGAAGAUGAGGAAGACGUCCGAGAAAGGAUCUGGGAAGCGAUCAAGCCGCUCGGGGAGAUCACAGCGAGAGUUAAGAAAGGAUUAAAGGUGGAAGUUACCGUCAAUGUCGGAGCAGAUUUGAGCAUUUCCAUAACAGCGAGAGAGCUAGGCGCAAAAACUGGAGUUAGGGGCAAUAUCGAAAAGCCAGAAGUGACGGAAAAUGGUCAGGCAUAA